GCAUAAAGCCAUGUAAACCAGGGGAUACACAAUCACAAGUGCUGGCAGUAAAGUCACGUUUUCCAUGGGUGACAUUUAACGCCGCGCCGAAGAGGCUCUGUGCGUAACGCAGGAACAGUGCUCGCGCUGGAUCUACACUGGCCACUGCUGUGCAAAUCAUAGGCUAUUUGGUAGUGUUUUUUGGAGACGCCAUAUGUACUCUGUUCAGCGAACAGCUUCCAUGAGUGUACACUUCGGCAACAAUGUCUUUUUUAACCAUACCAAGUCAAGAGGGGCUUUUUACCACGAUUAAAGCUGGCAAGUCAGGCGAAGCAGCAGAAAGUAGGUCCCCUAUAGACGAUGAGGAUAAUAAUAAUAAUAAUGAUAAUGAUGAUGAUGAUGAUGAAAGACGAUGACACCGAGAACGUCCGCCUCAUCCCAAGAUGCUCCCCGGUGCCCAGAAAGCGAGGCCCGUCCAUCUACGAUGAGACUGCUGAGUAUUUGCGGAUCCACUUGGCGCUGUCUAACAUAAAGAGAGUGUCGUUCGCCGAUACAACAGGUGGGGAUCUGGUGGAUGUGAAGGAAUUUGUUGCUUUUGAUUCGGACGAGGAAGGGGAUAGUGCAAGGUGGGAAGAAGAGGAGGCAAAGUAUCGAAAGCGAGAACCGACCUAUCAGGUGCACCCAGAGUUUAACGUGCCCACAGAGAGUGCCCUGCUGCAGGCUGUGCACACUCAUAAAGUGGAGGUUGAGCAGAUGUCUCCAGUAGAGAAUGAGCCAUUUGCAUUCAGUGGGGUAAUACGAGUCCUGAACAUCUCCUUCCACAAAGCAGUUUAUAUCAGAUCGACCAUGGACAACUGGGCUACUUACUAUGAUCAACCAGCAGAGUAUGUCCAGGGAUCCCAUGAUGGGGACACAGAUCAGUUCUCCUUCAAGCUGUCUUUUGCACCACCUUAUAUCACACAUGGCUCUCGCAUUGAGUUUGUUGUUCGCUAUGAAACCUCUGAUGGGGAUUACUGGGCUAAUAACUCCUCUAUGAAUUAUGUGGUAACUCUGCACCUUACCUGUGAAGAUGAUUCAGCUCAGACAAACAUCGACAUGCAACAAAAAAGAGGUAUCCUGAAGCCUCCAAAAGCUUACAGUAUGAAUGAUGUUUUUGAUUCAGAGGAUGACCAGGAACUGGUAGAAGCAGAAGAAGCAGGGACCUCCAGGUCUGGACUUGACAGACCUACUGCCAUCUGCCCGGUGAUCAUACAGCCGGAGAUUGACAUAGAGAUUGCAGUUCACCCAUCUGGUCUCUCGGUCUCACCCAACCAAGAGCUUCCAUCUGUUGAUGGCACACCGUCCGCUCACACUGUAUCCCCAGGUGAACAAUUCCCUUGUAUGUCUUCCGAAACCGCACUCCAAACUAAUUCAUCAUUUGUACUCUGUGCCACCAAAUCAGCACAGCCUUUACCCAGACUCCACUGUGAAUUAGGCAACCAAACGUCAGAGCAGACCAUAGACAGUAGAUUCACUACACUGCUGCCUGUUUCAACUUCUUCUCAACAAGAGUCAAGGCCGAGAUCAGACAGCUCCCAGGCUGGUGAAGAGGAAAUCCCUCCGUCAGAGGCCUCAUGCAUGCAUCUUCCUGCCACAGAGACGAUUCUGUGGCCAACAUCAGGAGAGGACAGAUUGACCGACAGCCCAGCCAGUCGUCCUUGUCCUGAACUGCCUGCUGAGUGCGUCUCUGCUCCCAGUGUGACUCAGGCCUUUGAUCGAGAGGUUGCAGUGGGAUUGAGGGAAUUUGUUGCUGGAUUAUCAGAAGGUUCCACCACAUCUGCUGCACAUCAUGAAGGCAGUACUCCUGCACUCUUUACUCCUGUGGCAAAGCAGGCAUCUCUGGGAGCAAAAGGUGAAGCUCCACCGUCACCUGAACUCACAGAGAACCCCUCCAGAAAUACAGGUGUCACUGAGGUGAGCCCAAACUUAGCUCUUCAGUUUGUCUCAGCCUGGGAAGAGAAGGAAGAUGCUCCCCAGAUUUCCCCAGACACAUUAUUAGAGAAUCUACCAAACACGUUGUCAGAGGUGUCCGAGCUUCAGUCUGAGCAUGACAUAAACAGGAAUCUGAUGCCAUCCAUUGUUUUUCUCAGUGGAGUUGUCUCCCUCUCGAUAGUGUUACAGGAACCCACCGCCCUCUUCAUCAUGGGACUACUUUUUGUCUUGCACCAUUUGUGAUUACUAAGUUUACUUUGAUCUAUUUUCAAGUUAAGUGCCUUUGUCAUGAUUCGAAAAUAAGACAUCAAGUUAAAAAAACACACAGUGUCCUGUUGAAGUUGGGUAUUACUACGUGAUUGAUUUUUAGAUUAAUAUAGAUUUUCAUCAAAUGAAAAAUGUUCUGUGUACAACUUAUGUGUAUUUCCAUGCAAAGUCCAAUGCAAGGAGAAAGUAAUUAUCCACAUAUUUUAUGCAUUCUGUCAAAAAUGAAGUUAUACAAUAGUAGUCAAUUUCAACAACAACAUUGUCACUCUUAUACUAAAACACGGUGUAUUAUCAUAUAUUUUUUGUAUGUGGUCUUUAAUUACUUUUUUCUUGUCAUGUGGAGAUAGUGUAUGUGGUGUUAUAUUCUGAUUUAUCCAAUCAGUAUUAUUAUGCAUUUUAUUUUUUUGUUGUCAUUGUAGCUAUGGUUGUUGUCUAACCACACUGCCAUGAUUUUAACUGUUGUGAAUUCCACAUGCUAUUAUGUCUUUAAUGGGAAAAAACAUUACCAAAGUGGGACACUAAAGAGACAAAGUAUUUUGCCUUAAUGCCCUUUAGCAAACAUCUGUUUGAAAUGGAUGCUGCUUGAGGCACAAAUCAAGUGGAAAAAUGUCCAGUGUGACACAUGAAAGCGAUAUUUACUGUUAGAAAACACCAGCCUUUUCAGUGUCUCCUUACUAUUGCACAUAAGUCUUCCUGUUGAUUCUUGCUAGUAAACCCAUAUUGUUGUUGCACAUUUUGUAGCACUAUUUUGACAACCUCACAGAUAGGCUGAAGCACCGAAUGACAUGUUUGAAGUGAUGACAGUUUUUGCAGUGUAGUUCCAUUAAACGUAGUCUUAUACCCUG